AUGAAGCUCUUCCAUGCAGGGGCUGAGGAGAACCAGGGUUUGGUUCUGAGGGACGAGCUGGGUCAUGUGUAUGGAGAUGGCAGGUGGGACUCUCAGGUGUCCAGUCUAGAGAGUCCGACAGUAUUGCGCUCAGAUGGUUCUUGUGAGGACGGAGCUUCCAGCACACAAUCAAAAAUCACAACUUGUGAGGCGGGUUGGAACAUCACUAAUGCCAUUCAGGGUAUCUUUGUGCUGGGUCUGCCAUAUGCCCUGCUGCAGAGUGGGUACAUGGGUCUUUUGCUGCUUGUAUUUGCAGCAGUUAUCUGCAGCUACACGGGUAAGAUCCUGGUGUCCUGUCUAUAUGAGGAGGACGAGAGCGGGCGUUCAGUCCGUGUGAGAGACACCUACGAAGACAUCGCAAACACCUGCUGCAGGCACAUCUGCCCCUUCAUCGGAGGGAAGUUGGUGAAUGCUGCACAGGUGGUGGAACUGGUGAUGACCUGCAUACUUUACUUGGUCAUCAGUAGCAACCUGAUGUGUCACAGCCUUUUUUUCUUUUCUCUGACCCCGGCGACCUGCUCUACCAUCACCUUUCUGACCCUUGUGCCCUGCAUGGUGAUCCGUGACCUGAGGGUGGUGUCACACCUGAGCCUCUUCUGCUCAUUGGCUCAGUUCCUCAUUACCUUCAUUGUGAUUGUCUACUGCCUCUGUCAGUCACCGCAGUGGAAUUGGGGGCUGAGUGCAGUCGCAGUGGACUUUGAUGGGUUCCAGGUUGCUGUGGGGGUGAUCAUCUUCAGCUACACUUCACAGAUCUAUCUACCCACUCUUGAGGAGAGCAUGAUGGACAGGCAGGAUUUCUGCAGCAUGAUGGAUUGGACUCACGCUCUGGCCUGUAUUCUGAAGACAGCCUUCUCUGUAAUGGCCUUCCUCACAUGGGGAGAGGAAACAAAAGAGGUGAUAACAGAUAACCUGCCCACUGCUUUACGUAUGGUGGUGAAUCUGUGUCUACUGGCGAAGGCUCUGCUCUCGUACCCGCUGCCGUUCUACGCAGCAGCAGAGAUACUGCAGACUGGCGUCGGGAAGCUUGAGUCAUCUGCAGAGUGGCGGACACUGCUUGUGCGUGGCUCUCUCCUUAUCCUCACCCUCAUCAUGGCAUUGUGUGUGCCUCGUUUUUCCCUCCUCAUGGGCCUAACGGGCAGUGUGACCGGAGCGGUCAUGACACUUGUGCUGCCAGCCCUCUUCCACCUGCAACUCAAAUGGACUCAGUUGGACAUAAGCCGGAAACUUCUGGACCUGUUCAUAUUAUUUCUGGGGUGUUUUUGCAGCAUCUCAGGAGUUAUAUGUUCCAUUAAAGGAAUUAUAAAGGCAUUUGAGAAAGACAGAUAG